AUGGCCAACCAGCAACAAAGUGUUAAUUAUAACCCCUCGAACCAGGCGAUUCACGAUAAUCUCGGAACGCGCAACUUCGUCGAAGGAAGAAACGAUAGGCUUCAUAUGCUGCUUACCACUUCGUAUGGCCUUAAUAACUCGCAUACGAAGAGAAUACAAGUCGGAUUACAAUCAACGAAGGAGGGAGUCUUCGUUCCAUUAAUAAAAUUAAGCGGUAACAACGCCGACGGUAUUAAUUUCGACGCCGACUCCUGGCUGCAAUUUCAAGAUCAUACGGAUCUCAUGAGUGAGUACUUGCGCGGUGAUGGCAAAUUAAAGCCGAAUCCUGUCGGUAUAAAAAACAUCAACAUCAGCUUCACCUCGGCCUAUGGAUCAAGAUCCGUUCUAAUAUCGUAUAAGGAAACUGAAGAAGAACGCUCUUCGGAGGAAACCGUUGAAGAUGCUGCAGAUUCUUUACCGGUAACGAAGAAACGGAGACACUACUCCGUUGCAAUAGUGAUGCAGAAAACUACGUUCCAGGGAUUGCUGAAUGUGAUCAAAUGUGUCGACGCACAUUUAGAACAUUUAAAAUUGUUAAGCGAAAGCGUCAAUGUGUGUGCGCAACGCUUAAUUCAAGAAAUUGAACUUAAACUACCACUAAGUUAUGUAGAUUGCGAAAUUAUAAAAUUAACAAUAAAAGAAAUUAAUUCUACUUUAAGAACAAACGAAUCAUUUCGUAAUCGUAGUCAAGAGGAGCAUCAUGUAGGUAAUUCAAUUCUAGAAAAUCUUCCUAUAGAUAUGAUUUCACAAAUUCCUCUAGAUUACAUGCAUCUUUUUUGCUUAGGUUUGAGACGUUUAUUACAAUUUUAUAUCAGAGAAAAAAUGUCAGAAAAAAAUUUGUACGCAGUUGUACAAUUUUUAAGUGAUGAAACCUUCUCAGAGGUUCCAACAAAUUGGAUUGACCAAGAUGACAAAACUAAUAACUUUAUUUGUUGGUGGCCUAAUACUAAAAAUAUUAGUUCGCUGAUUGAAAAUCGAACUGAACCGGAUAUAAAAUCAUGGUCAAUGUUUGACAUUGCGGUGAUUAAAUAUUGUUCGUCACUUACAUCUGCACGAAGGUCAGCUGCAGAUUCUCACUAUGUUACGACUGACGAUGAAAAAUUUGGCCGAGGACAAAGGAAGAAGAAUAAACAUAUUUUUGACGAGACAGAGAAUCGACAUGAGGAAAACGCUGACGACGAUUUGGAUGUUGAAGAAGGGAAUAAUAAAGAAAAUGACAUGUAUAGUAAUGAUAAAAAAAGGAAAUUAACUAAACACUUGAAACAGAGUAUUAAUCGUCCUACUUUAAAUCCUAUGCCGAUAUAUGAUCCUGAAAAAAUAGAAAACUUACGCCAAUCUAUUACCUGCAGCACCGAAAAAAAUCUACAUUCUUCUACUUCUAAAAAUUUUGAAAUUGAACCUUUACCAUCAUGUUCAAAAAUCAACAAAUGUAGUGCUAAAGAAAGAACAGUUAAGGAAACUGUAGGUUCUGAUAAGUCGUCACCAUCUGUUACUCUGGAUCUUGAAAGUAUACCUAUUUUAGAGAUUCCAUCAAUAAAAGAUGUUAGUAAUACUCUCGAACGGAUAGAAAUAAGCUUAGACAAAAUCAGACGAGCAAAUGUUACCACCAAUUUUGAACUAAAAGCUAUAUCAAAAAGAUUAGAUAAAUUAGAAUUCCGUCAGCAUAAUACAGAACCUGUAGAAAACGAUAUGGCAAUGAUAAUCCCAUUAUUGCCAAUUAAAACAGUGGAAUCCAUAAAAGAAUUUGAAGAUUUAAUUCUAUCAAAUGAAGUUGCUGCAUCGCAGUUUAAAAAAUUACUCUUAAAAGUUGGAGGCAACACUCCACGAAUUAAUAUUCAUCGUGCUUUAGAACGAACAAUUACUAAUAUGUGCGCUGUAAAUUGUUCCUGGAGAGGCAUUCGAUCAAAUUAUAAAAUAUGCAACUUAACAUUUAUUAAGAUUAUACGUGAUGUCAUAUGUUCUGUACAUUCAGGUUUAACUGAAGCUGAAUUUGAUGUAACCUCUGCGGAAUGGUUUAGGUUUGCUAAACAACGAGCAGCGCGAGAAGAAAAGAGGAAAGAUCUAUAGAUUUUAAUUUGCUUAAACAGCUUUGAUUUAUAUAGUUAUAAGUUUAUGUGUUACAUA